CUUUCUUUUCCCUCAAAGCUGACUGAGCCUUCUUCCUUUGCUGGCUGCACUAACAUUAAACACUACACUGACCUAACACCAAGCGCCCGGACCUUAUCACACACUGCCUUGGCUAUUGACGUCAUACCAAAGCAGCACAGCAGCAACAGCAGCAAAAAGUAAACAACAGCAGACAACCGACAGCAACACACCGUAGCCAACUGAACUCCCAUACUGCAAAACAAUGCUGCGCACAUAUCGAGUUGCGCGGGCUUCUGGCCUUCCUACAGCUCCUCGAACUUUGACUUUAACCUCGACGACAGCAACGCGACACUUGUUCACCCUACCAAAGAGUCUACAAUUACGCCGUCCUGAGAAGCUCUCCCUCAUCAGCCAACGCCAAUUGUCAGGCAGACCACUACCGCGAACCCAGUCACGACUUCUCAACUUUGGCUAUCGCACCGCUGCUUGGUUUGGCAGCUCCAUCGCAUUUGUCGGCCUCAGCUUCGUCGCCUUCUUCCUCUACGAUGCCUCGACCUACAGCUCCCACGCGACAAAUCAGGGCGACAUUACUGUCCCCAAGCUCGCCCUAAACCCUCGUCGCGGCGGUCCCAAGAACCUACCCAUCCUCGAGAUCUUCCUCGACGACGACGACAGCGAAGAGAAAAAGAAACACAAGGAGAAACCCCGACUGGUCAUCUUGGGUGGUGGCUGGGGCAGUGUUGCUCUGCUCAAGGAGCUCAACCCCGAUGACUACCAUGUCACUGUCGUCUCCCCGGCCAACUACUUCCUCUUCACGCCCAUGCUGCCCUCGGCCACCGUGGGGACCCUCGAGCUCAAGUCCUUGGUAGAGCCCAUCCGCAACAUCAUCGACCGAGUCAAGGGCCACUAUAUCCGUGCCGCCGCCGAAGAUGUCGACUUCUCCUCCCGCCUGGUCGAGGUAUCUCAAAAGGACCCCCGUGGCAACGAAGUGCGCUUCUACGUUCCCUACGACAAGCUCGUCAUUGCCGUCGGCUCCACCACCAACCCUCACGGCGUCAAGGGUCUGGAGAACUGCCACUUCCUCAAAGACAUCAACGACGCCCGCCAGAUCCGCAACAAGAUUAUCCAAAACCUCGAGCUCUCCUGCCUGCCCACCACCUCGGACGAGGAGCGCAAGCGUCUGUUGUCCUUUGUCGUCUGCGGCGGCGGUCCCACCGGUGUUGAGUUCGCCGCCGAGCUCUUCGACCUUCUCAACGAGGACCUGACCCUCCACUUCCCGCGUCUCCUGCGCAACGAGAUCUCCGUCCACCUCAUCCAGUCCCGCGACCACAUUCUCAACACGUACGAUGAAGCCGUCUCCAAGUAUGCCGAGGACCGCUUCUCGCGCGACCAAGUCGACGUACUAGUCAACUCUCGCGUAGCCGAAGUCCGCCCCGAGUCCAUCCUCUUCACACAGCUAGGCCCCGACGGCAAGACCACCGUGACCAAGGAGCUCCCCAUGGGCUUCUGCCUCUGGUCGACGGGCGUCUCGCAAGCCGAGUUCUGCAAGCGCAUCUCGCGCCAACUCGGUCCCGCCCAAACGAACCGACACGCCCUCGAGACCGACACGCACCUGCGUCUCAACGGCACACCUCUGGGCGACGUGUACGCCAUUGGCGACUGCUCCACGAUCCAGAACAACGUCGCCGACCACAUCAUCACCUUCCUCCGCAACCUCGCCUGGAAGCACGGCAAGGACCCGGAAAGCCUCGAGCUGCACUUCUCUGACUGGCGCGACGUCGCGCAGCAGAUCAAGAAGCGCUUCCCGCAAGCCACGGCCCACUUGAAGCGACUCGACAAGCUGUUUGAGGAAUACGAUAAGGACCAGAACGGUACCCUCGACUUUGGCGAGCUGCGCGAGCUGCUGAAGCAGAUCGAUAGCAAGCUCACCUCCCUCCCCGCCACCGCGCAGCGCGCCCACCAGCAAGGGCAGUACCUAGCGCACAAGUUCAACAAGCUUGCGCGCGCGGCGCCGGGGCUGUCGGCGAAUGAGAUUCACGAGGGCGAUCUGGAUGCGGCUGUGUACAAGGCGUUUGAGUACAGGCAUUUGGGCAGUUUGGCGUAUAUUGGCAACAGCGCCGUGUUUGAUUGGGGAGAUGGAUGGAACUUUUCCGGAGGGCUGUGGGCCGUUUAUGCGUGGAGGAGCAUUUACUUUACGCAGAGCGUGAGUUUGCGGACGAGGGUUCUUAUGGCCAUGGACUGGGGCAAGAGAGCGUUGUUUGGACGCGACUUGAUGAGCUACUAAAGCCGACUACUAUUGAUCCCUUUUGCUGUUUUCGGCACAAUAAGAAAAGCAAGGACGUUUGGAGCUAAGCGGGAAAGCGAGCGUUUUCGUUUUUGGUGGCGGUUGUUGUUGUUUCUCGGGCUGUUACCUACAUUCAUACAUUCAUCUCACCUCACCUCGACCUCUUAACGAAAGUCAUGAUCCUUUUUUUGAUUAUUCAUUGCGGUUCGGUUUUCUAGACGUGGGAAUUGGUUGAGAGGCAGUAGUUGUUACC